GCAUACUACCACACAAUAUUCCCUUCUCUCUCUCUCUCUCGACCCAGAGAAACAACAAUAAUAAUAAUAAUAAUCAUCUUCUCUCAAUCAAAGGAGAGAACAUCUUUACUUUACUCUGUUCCAUCUCUCUCUCCCUCUGUUCGAUUUUUUAGAUGCGAAUAUCUUAAGAGAUUCAUUCAACUGGGUGAAAUCGAGAUUUAAGGAUUUGUGCGAAAAGAUCAAACCCAAAGUUGUUUGGUAUUUUUGGGAUUCGGGAGAGAGAGUGUGUAAAAAAUCGAGCGAUACAGAGGAUCCGUUUCAGAUCUGUUUCAUCUCCUCCGGUACUUAAUCCUCCUCCUUGAUUCGUCCUCUCUCUCUCUCUCUCUCUCUCUCUCUCUCUCUGUGUGUGUUUUACAACUAUGCUUAGCUAGUGCAUGAGAACAAUAAGCGGCAUUGGAGUCGCUGAUAUAUAUAUAUAUAUAUAUAUUAUAAAACUUUUUUUUUGUAAUGGAGCAAGCAAAUCAAGAUCAUGAAACCGUUGCUUUAGAGGUAUCGACGAAGAAGAUGAAAUCAAUUGAAUGAUUGACAUCUUUGAAGAUAGAUUUUACUCGAUAUCUCUCCUCUUUUUCUCUGUGGUGUGGUGUGUGGUGUGUGGUGUGUGGUGAAGUGUGGGGAGAUCUCUGAUUUUGGGGGACCUCAUGGAAGAGAUGACUCCUGCUGUUGCAAUGACUCUUAGCUUAGCUAAUACCAUGUGUGACUCAUCACCACCUGUGGAGAUCACUCAGCUCAAGAAUGUUACUGAUUCUGCUGAUUUGUUAUCUGAUUCCAACGAAUCCCCCAUGGAAGGUGAAUCUGAAUUGUUGAAAAGCGGGUCUUCUUCUUCUUCUACUAAUGUUUUAGAUGAAGACGAGGUACUACUCUCUGUUGUGGAGGAUGAUGAUAAUAGUGCUGCAGUCAUUAGUGAGGGCUUAUUAGUUGUUGAUGCUGGCUCUGAGUUAAGCUUGUCUGAAAUAGACAACGGGAGAGUUCUUGCAACUGCUAUUAUCGUUGGCGAAUCAAGCAUCGAGCAGGUUCCCACUGCUGAAGUUGUUAUUGCUGAGGAUUCAAGUGUAGAAGAUGGUUCAGGUGUAACGGCUUCUGAGGUUGUCAUUCGCUUGCCUGAAGAAAAUAGUAAUCAGCUGGUCAAAGGUAGAAGUGUUUAUGAACUAGAUUGCAUACCGCUUUGGGGAACCGUUUCCAUUCAAGGUAAUAGAUCUGAGAUGGAGGAUGCUUUUGCCGUGUUGCCUCAUUUUCUUAAACUGCCUAUCAAAAUGCUUAUGGGAGAUCAUGAGGGUAUGAGUCCUAGCCUCACACACCUCACUGCUCAUUUUUUCGGUGUUUAUGAUGGUCACGGAGGCCAUAAGGUUGCUGACUAUUGCCGAGAUAGACUCCAUUUUGCUUUGGCUGAAGAAAUCGAACAUAUAAAAGAUGAGUUAUGCAAGAGGAACACAGGAGAGGGUAGGCAGGUCCAAUGGGAGAAAGUCUUCACUAGUUGUUUUCUAACCGUUGAUGGUGAGAUUGGAGGAAAAAUUGGCAGAGCCGUUGUUGGUUCUUCUGAUAAGAUUCUUGAGGCUGUUGCCUCUGAGACCGUAGGAUCAACUGCUGUGGUUGCUUUGGUUUGCUCAUCACAUAUAGUAGUUUCUAACUGCGGGGAUUCAAGGGCGGUAUUAUUCCGUGGCAAAGAAGCCAUGCCCUUAUCAGUCGAUCACAAACCAGAUAGAGAGGAUGAAUAUGCCAGAAUAGAAAAUGCUGGAGGUAAAGUUAUACAAUGGCAAGGCGCACGUGUUUUUGGUGUUCUUGCCAUGUCUAGGUCCCUAGGUGACAGAUAUCUGAAGCCAUAUGUGAUCCCAGAACCGGAAGUGACAUUCAUGCCGCGGUCAAGAGAAGAUGAGUGUCUCAUACUAGCCAGUGAUGGUCUUUGGGAUGUAAUGGACAACCAAGAAGCUUGCGAAAUGGCUAGGAGACGGAUCUUGAUGUGGCACAAGAAGAACGGUGCACCACCUAUAGCAGAGAGAGGCAAAGGAACUGACCCAGCUUGCCAAGCGGCGGCUGAUUACCUCUCCAUGCUUGCUAUUCAAAAAGGAAGUAAAGACAACAUAUCCAUCAUUGUGAUUGACUUGAAAGCUCAAAGAAAGUUCAAGACCAGAACUUGAAGCUUAAUUACAAACAGUACGCUUACUUACUUUUUUUUUACUGGGGGUAAGUUUAGAUCGUUAAGGAUCUAAUGUCGACAAGUUUUUUACAUAUUAUAUUUACUCAAUAUUGUUAGAGGGGUUGGGGAAAGAAAAGGAAAAGAAAAAAGAAGGUAUGGAAAUGCGGGUUGGGGAGGAGAAGACUGAAGAUUAAGAAGAUGAUGCAUAGCUAAUUUAUAAUUACAUUCCUUUUUUCUCAUGAAACUUUGGGAUUCGUAUGUAUAAGAAGAAGAAAUAGGCAAAAAAAUAUGUUUUUUUUUGGUUGGGUAUUAAAGUAGAUGAAUAUGUUGUAAUAGUUUUGAGAUGUGGCAAUUGAAAUUGUAAUUGAGACUAUUGUCACAUUAAGCUUCUUGCAUUUCUC